UGCAGGCAUGCACUCGUCAAAUGUAUAAGUGACUGUAUAUACAAUGUGUUAUCAAUGAAAAGCGUCAAAUAUUGUAUAAAUAUUUGUGAUUCAUAAAUAUUUAUGUGCAAACGAUUUCUACGAUCAUAAAAAAACGAUAUUUUUACCAAAUUGUUAGUAUAAAAUAUAAAAAUAACGAGGUUUGAGAUUGAGAACUUUAAAAAUGGAACAUGAAGACAGUGAUUCUGAUCUAGAUAUUUUAAAUAAUCUUAUAUCAAACGAUACUGAAGAAAAUGAGCAAUCUGAGCAGCCUGAGCAAUCUAAGCAGCCUGAGCAAUCUAAGCAACCUGAGCCUGAACAAUCUGAACCACCUAAUCAGCUUAAGCAGCCUAAACCACCAGAACCAAAAAAGACUUUAACAGAACUGCAAUUCAGUUUUUUAGAUUCUACACCUAGCAAUAUAAAUAAUGAAAAUAAGUUGACUGACGAGAAAGUCACCAGUGAGAUUUAUGACGACAAUCUUGACUCAUCAGAUGAAGAAGACAAGCGUCAUUUUGAAGAGCAGAAGUAUUGUAACUAUGGGCGUGAAAUAAAACACCUGUUGAAAGCACAAUCCUCGCUAAAGACUGACCAGCCUGCAAAAUUGGAGUACAAAAAUAGUAAGACUUUCAAUUUUAGUAGUAAUAAUAAGAAUAAGGCUUUCGAUUUUAAUAGUGCUGCAAAAAAUUGCAGUAAUAGUAUUACAGCAAAAGAUGUGUACAGUGAUCCCUUCUUCGGCAUAAGAAUAGUUAGCCUUCUUAUAUCAUCCGCUGAAUUGAGAGACCGUAUGAAAGACAAGAUAACUGUAACAAUAUCCAGAGUAAAGAGCCAUAUUAUUUCGGAUAAUGUACACAACGACUGGGUAAUCGCCGGCGUAUUAAUUAAUAAAUCAGCCACGAAAACCUCGCAAAAGGGAACUUCUUAUUGCAUCUGGAAAAUAAGCGAUUUGUCCGAUGAUCUGAAGACUGUGUCUAUUUUUCUAUUCAGCAAUGCCUACAAACAGCUAUGGAAAACCAUCACAGGUAGUGUCAUAGGCAUUCUGAAUCCAAAUGUGCUCGAGAGUAAGGACAACAUCGAUCAAGCGACCUUAUCGAUCGACAAUCCUCAAAAGUUGAUGAUCCUUGGUAGAUCCAAGGACAUGGGCAAAUGCAAAUCGGUCAAGAAGAACGGCGAGCCGUGUACCGCAGUAAUAAAUACGAGUCGGUGCGAGUAUUGCGUCUACCACGUUAAACAGGAGUACAAAAAAUGCGCGCGACGAGCAGAUCUACAAUCGAGCAGCAUGGGAUACGGGUUCGCCGGGGAUGCGCUGAAACGCAUGAACAAACAGACUCACAUGCGAAAACCUUACAAUGGCCUGGCGCCAUUCGUACCGGUGCUGGCUAAACCCAACGAAAAGCUGUACGAGAAAGACCGCGCGCGUUUGGAAUUACUAUCCGAGACUACUUCGGGUGGCAGUAUCAAGAAAGCGAAGAGUGACUUAAAGCCAGAGGUCAACAAUGUGAAUAUUAAAAAGAAAGGAAUUGCCGUCGAGCUGACGAACCAACAGUCGAGAAAAGAUUUUGAACGACUCAACAAAUUGAGGGGCUGGCAGCCCUCGAAGCAGGUAGCGAUGCAAUCGACACCCAACGGGCCGGUUCUGUGCUCGAGUCCGGUGCAAUUGAAAGAAAGUGAUUCCACGCCGAUCAAACCUAAGAACAAUCACGUAGAAAAGAAGAGCAGCUUGACCGUCCUUCUGCCUUCAAGCCCGCGACUGGGAAUAGGAUGUAGUCAGGGCACGAUAGAUUUCUCCGAGCCGAUCACCAAGAAACAUAUUCGCACUGCUAAGAUGAAUGCGAUCAAGUGGGUGAAGGAGCAUGGAAAGAUCAAAGCCAAGGAUCCCAACCAAAUACACAUGAGCUCUAAAGAGAAGUUGGAGAAGAACGCGAAACGCCAGAGGGAAAACGACCAGCAAGAAGAGCAGAGCGCGAAGAAAGCGAAUAUAAAUGACAAAUUCAAAGAGCUGCUAGAAGUCAAGUCCUCUCACGCGGAUUUGAUCGAGAAGUCGUACGACGAGGAGAAAGAGAAGUAUUUUGACAAGCUAGAGGCGAAGGAAAAAAUGGAAGAGAAGAUGAUGAGCACCUUCAAAGUCAACUGCAAAGCCGUGAAGUGCGCGAUAUGCAAAUACACGGCAUUCUCAGCGUCGGACAUGUGCAAAGAGCAGAGGCACCCGUUACGCGUAAUUGACGCCGUGAAAAGGUUCUUCAAAUGCGCCGAUUGCGGCAAUCGAACCGUCAGCCUGAACCGCAUGCCCACGCGCAGCUGUGGUAAGUGCAGCAGCUCAAACUGGACCAGGGCGGCAAUGAUGGACGAGAAGAUCGCUAUCAAUACAGAAACCCUAUCCAUACGCGGCGCCGAGGAGAAAUUCCUGGGCUCGAUGGUGAAGAACGCUAAUCUUAAUCUUCUUGUUCCAGAUGAUUAACGCGUUUCUUUUGAUUGCCGAUAACGUGAUAUUAUAUUUUUAAUAUUAAAACUGUUAUAUAAAUAUUUGCAGACGUGAAAGAUAGAGAAAUUGAGAAACGAUUAGAUCCUAGCAUGAUGAAUUUUGUAUAUAAAGUAUAAUACGGUAGGCUGUAUUGUUAUCAAGAUAUCAAUUGAAUUAUUAGUAUUAUUUUUAUACUUGUUUAUGUAUACUAAAAGUAGAGAGAAAUUCAAGGAUGAUGGAUCGCGAAUAACUUGUCUCUGUCGAUGUUCAAAUUCUUAAUUAUCACCGGUUGAAAUUAAAAGAGCAAUGUGAAUUUUGGUAAAAACUGCGAUUGAUGCUUAUUCCUAUAAUUUAUGUCUUACAAUCUACAAAUGCAAAACGUUUGAUAUCCUUUUGUUUAUUGUCAAUAUUAUCAGUUUUCUUUUCUUCUUUUUUUUUUUCUUCACUUUAUGAAAUGUACAAAUAUAAAGAAAUCCUAAGAGUGUAUAUCUCUUGCACAUUUCCGAAAUGAAAUACAUCUAAUUCUCCGUCCGAAAUGUACACAGCGAGCAGAAACGUUUUGAUACACAACCAGGUACAACAAUCGUAUAAAAAACAUUAUGUCGUCUUGACUACGUUCUUCAUAAAAUUACGUUCGUUUGAGAUUUUAUGCUUAGGCUGCGAAAAGGAUCAUUACUAUCUUCCUGUUCGACGGAGCCUUUUUUUCUCGUCACAAGAAAGAUAUAUGUACUGUUCCUUGACUUCUUAUAAGCGGGAUACGAACUGUCUAAAGGUGGACAUUAGUAAGUUUCUAAAUAUGAAGAAUUGUGAUUGGGGUCCGGAAGCAUUGCAUCGACAUAAACCACCGCGACAUUAAACGUUUUACUAUGUACACCGUAUGCAAAUAAUAAAUUCUUUUCCGAGGGAAAAUGAUUAAAAAUUGUGAUUUUAACGCGUGGCGUUAUGUCAAGUGUAACAGUUCCGGACUCUAAUACCAUCCGUUUGUAUGAGAAACAUAGAUUGUAUUUUUUUUCACUCAUGUACUGUUUAAUAUCCUAUGGUUGUCCAGUUGUCUAUUCGGCAUUUUAUAUUACGAUGACACGUUACUCUUCCUUGUAUAUAAAACUUCGAGUAAAGUAUGUGUGAGAAAAGGAAGAUUCGAAAUAAUGGCUAUUCGAAAUCUCGAGCAUUACUUGCAAACGAGACACUAAUUAUUGUUACUUCAGCAAAUUGAUCUUUUUUCAACACGCCAUGAUAAUCGAGUUUAUCGCAGCCCUCGUUUGUUAAUUUUCGAAAAACCGAUCGAAAACGAUGGGAAACCGAUGAAGCGUCCCAUAAUCUACGUUUGAGAAUUGAGUCACAUUAAUUGCAUAUUGUGCUGCAAAAAGAUUACGUUAUCUUUUCAAAGGAUUAAUUUCUGCCGUUGCCUAAUGCGUGUAUACAUAUGCAUACGUGUAAUGGAAUGUUUUAGAUCAUUAUUUCAAUCUCCCUCUUUGUCACCCGAUAGAGCAUAGAUCUCACAGAAAAUGAGCAGCAGUACCAUCGAAAAUUUCUUUUCCGGUUCCUUAUCUAUAAUCCCCCCCCCCUUCCACCCCAUACCGUAAUCCACCAAAAACAGAUCUCACUUUAGGACUUAACGCAGAUGCAUCGUGUGGCACACAUAUACGAAAAACAUUCUAAGAAAAUUGCAUUCCGAGAAAUCGGCCUGAAUAAAAUUUUUACAAUAAUUACAUUCUUGUAUUGCCUUCAAUGUCGAAAUAUGAAAUCUAAUGAAACGUUAGGGAAAACAAUCGAUUUCGAUUAAAAGACACAUUUUUGUCUGACAAAAAAUACGUAGGAGUAAAAGAAUCAAUGACGAAUACGUUGUUAGCAGAUUAUACAACUAUGCUUAAUAGAGAUCAUAGGCAAGCCAUAAUCUAAGUAUGUCAUUCAAUUCGGUUAUUAAAAGCAACUCGCGUGGACGACAUUUCUGUGUGUACCUUUACCUUAAGACAAAGAUUACAAGGCUUUCCCUAUUCUCUCUCCCUUUCUAUCUUUCUCUUCCUCUCACUCUCUCUCUUUCUCUCUCUCACUUUCACUCAUUGAUAUUUAUCGAGUUCUUAAUUUACUAUCUUGCAUACUUAAUCGGAUGUUCCGCUAAGCAGAAACGUAGUCGCACCGAUGUAUAGAAAUAAAUAACUAUCUAGACUCCUAGUGAGAUGUUUACAUAUAAAAAUUUGAAGAAACAUUAAGCCGGCAAUUAACAUCUGGGUGUCUUGAGAGACAAUACACAGAUACAAAUACUGCGAACCAUCACGUUCUGGAAUUCGUUGUGCACAUAUCGCAUAAUCGGAUCUCUCUUGAACGCUCCACUUUGAUGAAGUUCUCUUACGCGCCCCUGUUUUUUGUCUCUGCAAGGUAUACAUCAGAAUAAUAUCGCAAAUAAUGUGAAUACAUUAUCAAUUAACGAUCCACACUGCUUUUAUCGAGAGAAUCUCACGGUAUUCGAGACCUUUUUGUGAAAUCCCUUUUGCUUUCUAUACAAUAAGUCUUUCAUGAAGGAUACUUCACCAAAAUUGCACGUUACAUUCUUUUCACAUUUAUACAUACAUAGCGUCGUUUAUUACAAAGGCAUCGUACGAAUAAGCGAAUUAAAUUAACAGUGUUAAAAUAAAUUUCGUAAUAUCUUUAGUAA